AUGGUAAUGGGUGGAAAGUAUCUGGAAAUCUCUGUCCGGUACUGUUUGACUAGAGUUUCAGGCACGGACACUGAAAAGGAGAUUUGCUUUUACCAUAGAAGCUCUAAGUCUUUCGAGUCACCUGCUUCUGAUGAUUUGGAGCAGGAUUCGCGCCCCGUCUCUCUCGUCGACAUACCACCUUUGCGCAAAACCAUUGCCCACAAUGCAUGCUUUCUUCAACAUCACCGCUUUCUCACCUGGAAUGUCCCGACGCUAGUCUCAUCUACAACCCGGCGCCGCUCAGCGUGA